CACCUCCGCAGUAUGCGGAAUGAGCAACCGAUUGCUGCAUUGCGCGAACGGGCAAUGGGAACAGGAAAAAACAAUUGGGAAACAAUUGGAAUGAUGGGUAUUCUUUGCAUUGCAGCUGGGCAUAAAGUGAUCCCUUUCUCAGGAUGGGCCCAUCUACAUUUCUUACGCUUCAGGCGCUUCCGCUCUCUUUCUCUCUCAGUGGACUGCUUUCGCGGUGGACUCCGUCGACUCUGGCAGAAUGUUUCGCAUUGUGGGCAGAACUGAAAGUCGAGACGGGAAGAUGGCGGGGUGAUAGCGAAGAGGCGGGGGUCGCGAGGGCCGAUGAAGGGUGCGGCCCGCCGCGGCAUUAUCGAUCCACCUGCCCCACCAGAUCGGCUGGCUGGUGCCUGCUGUGCCUGCCUGCUCGCUAUUCCGAACCCUUGCAGGAACCACCUACGGAGCGAGCUCACACCGACCGCUCCGCUCCGCUCCACCGGAACUGCGCUCUUCCGUUCUUUCACAGACCCAGGCCAACAACUCCUUUUACACCCCCCCUUUCGGGGACGCGCCAACGGGCAAUGACGGAGACGACACCACCCGCUGCCGGCGACCCCGCGGAUGUGCCGCCGCCACAUCCCAAGUAUUAUCGCUCACCGGCAGCAUCCCGCCGCGCAGUCCGGCCGCUGCUGCUGCUCGUCGCCCUCGUCAAUCUCGCUUGGAGCCUAUACCAACUCCCCCUGAGUCGCGUGCUGGAGAGCCGCUUGUGCCGGGAACACUAUGCCGCCCGCGAUCCCUCGGUUCUGCGUCCGGACGGGUCCGUCCCGGAGCAGCUCUGCAAGAUCGACCCGGUCCAGCAGCCGCUUGGCCGGAUCCAGGGAAUGACGGAGGCGGCCUGGGUCGCUGGUGACUUCUUGAUGACCAUCCCGCUCGUUUGCCUCGCAGAUCACCUGGGACAUCGCUUUGUGCUGUGGCUCAACCUGGUCCCUCGCGUCUUGCUGCUCGCCUGGACCUUCGCCGUCGGCUACUUCGACCAUGCGCUCCCGGUCGACGCGAUCCUGGCCGCUCCCGUCUUUUCUUUCCUCGGUGGCGAUUGCGUCUUCAACUCGAUUGUCUACGCCAUAGUUUCGGACUUGGCAGAUGACAACGUGCUUCGCGCGACAUUUUUCGGCUAUGUCAACGCCGUCUCCUCCAUCUUCUCCUCUCAACUGGGGCCCGCUCUCGCCUCGGCCACCAUGAGCACUCUCCUGUGGCUGCCCCUCUGGCUGGGCAUCGCCAUCUUGCUCCUCGCCAUCCCGGUCAUCUCCGCCCUCCCGCUCCCGUCGACGAGGUCCUAUCCCGGCAGCGCCACCAUCACCGGCAUCGUCGACGAAGAAGAGGCGGCCGACGACCCACAUCACCACGCCACCCCUCUCCUCGCAGCAGCGGCAGCAGCAGCGGUAGCAGCAGGAGGAGGAGGAGGAGGAGGAGGACGAGGGGGACACCCGCACACGUCCACCCUGCGAUCCCUCGCCGCGCGCCGCGUCGGCGCCCUCCUCGCCCUGCUCGCGAGCCCGACCCGCAGCCUGGUCCUCCUGCUGUCCGUCUUCUUCCUCGCCUCCCUCGCCUCCUCCGACACCAAGCUCCUGCCGCUCUACAUCUCCAACCGCUACGCCUGGACCUUCGCCUCGGUCGGCUACCUCCUCUCCGCCAAGGCCCUCUUCAACUUCUUCCUCCUCUGGGUCGCCGUCCCCCGCGUGCUGCGCUGGCAGCAGCAGCAGCAGCAACGGCGGAAGCAACGGCGGAAGCAGCUGGGGCGCAGACAGGAGGGCACUAGGAGGAGGAGCAGUAGUAGUAGCACUGCUACCACUACUGCUACCACUCCGGUUGCUGUUGGUGGUGGUGGUGGUGGUGGUGGUGGUGGUGGGAAUGGUGAUAGGUCUGGAUCUUUCUCGUCCAGGCCCUCAACGCCCGACGAGCUGGACACGGACGCGGACUGGCGGGACGUGCUGCGCAACGCCGAGACCUGCCUGUGGCUCUCGGCGGCGGGGGCCUCGUGCAUCGCCGGCUCGCCCAGCAUCGGGCUCCUGGUGCCCUCGCUCGGGCUGUACGCACUGGGCAUCGCCCUGCCCAUGUUUACCUACUCGCUUCUGAGGGCGCCCGGCAUGGGACUGGUGGGGAAAAGGGGCGGGCGGGACCGGAGCCGGAGCGGGAGCCGGGGCCGGGGCCGGGGCUGGAAUCGGGGUGGUGGUGGUGGCGGCGGCGGCGGCGAUGGAGAAGAAGGGGGGGACGGGCUUGGCGCGCCCGUCUUCUCGGUCGUCAUGUUGGUGAGGACGCUGGGGACACUGGUUGGCGCCGUCGUGAUGCCCGCUCUGUGGGUGACGGGCUUGGGCGUGGAGAUCCUGCCCUUACCUUACGUGGCGAGCGCCUUCUUCUAUGCCAUCGCCGCGGUCGUAGUGAAGAGGAUUCAUGUAUAACAAGGGAGUUGAUGU